GGUUAAGAACUAGCCAUUCCAGCAGAAUACGACUAAUUCUGAAGUAUUGCAGUUUGGUUUCCGCGUCAAGCCAGCUGUUUUCAAGUGCAUUAGACGCAAGAAGUGUCAUUGCACAUGGUUUUGUUUGUUAGUUAGCCCGUUACUUGCAGACGUUGCAGUUUGCUUGCGGGCCUGUGUUGGACUAGCCGGCAAAAGCAAUGGACCUCUGCUGUGACCACUUUGGCUAUCUAUAUGCUGAAACUUCAAUAAUCGGCGCCUUCUGAGGAAACCGUGCCUAGGCGAGGCGAGGCGACCGAUCGUGGGGACAGAAUGCAUGCGCGGAGGUCGCUUCGGCUGCUAUUGGCAGCAUUAAUGGCUGCAGCAGUAUCUGCACAGGAGCGCGGCGCGCAGCAACGAAUGCGCCGGCUCCCCGACGCGGCCGUCACCAUAGACCUGUACGAGGUGUUGGGGCCGGACGCAUACGCCAAGGGCGUCAUAUGGCAGCCCGACACCUGCUACGCGCCAGUGAGCCAGCGAAUGGACGACCCCAGCGAGGCCAACAUAGCCCGACUGGAGGCGAUGCUGGAGCAGGACCUGAUCAUAGCGCUGAGUAAGGCCACGGGGAUACCCCCACAGCUGCUGAACCGCACCGUCAGCUUCCCGCAGCUGUACGGCAUCCCCGGCUUCGACCAGGGCCGGCUGGAGCACGACCACGAGUACCGCAAGAAGGCGAUGCGCGGCGCCUACUCGGACGCCUCCUACUGGCGCUGGCUGGAGCUGCAGAGCGAGGCCAUCAACAGAUACACCGUGUUCAACAGGGACCCGGCGACGCAGCAGCUGCCCAUGGCGUGUCCCAACGCCACCAUCACAGCGCUGGUGGGCAACGUGUCCAAGGUGGCUGCUGACGUGGACUGCGGCAACGCCUCGUCCGUCAUCGCGAAGAUGGGCUACUUCCUGGAUCCAAACAUCCAGAUCCAAACCGUGUCGCAGCGCGUGAUCCGGGAUCCGGGCUGGUGCUCGGUGCGCUGGCAGUACUCGCCGUACGCCAAGUGGGUCAAGCAGGAGCGGCUGAUGAAGCGGCUGCAGCCGCCGGGCGAUGGCAGUAGCAGCAACAACGCCACCACCACCGGCAGUAGCAGCGGCAGUAGCACUGGCAGCAGCAGCCCUGGCAGUAGCAUCCUCAACCGGGUGUUUGCGGGCGGCCAGCAGCGCUUCCGGUUUGACAACCGGCACAAGGACCGGCUGGUGUUCCUGUUUGACAUGAUGUACGAGAUUAGUCAUGCCUUCAAGAACCAGCACUGGCUGGGCGCGGUGGUGCAGCAGAACCCCUUUGACAUGUACGUCAUCACCGACCUCAUCACACGACUGCGGCCGGCGCUCAUCAUAGAGACGGGCACAGCCAACGGCGGCAGCGCGCUGCUGUGGGCCAGCAUGCUGGAACUCAACAGCCUCAGCACGGACCCCGGCAGUAGCACCGGCAAUAGCAGUAGCAGCAGCGGCAGUAGCAGUGAGGGCAGCAGCGGCAGUAGCAGCGGCAGCAGCUACCGGCCGCGCGUGAUCACGCUGGAUGUGAACGAGCCGGGUCUGACCAGCUGGGCAGGUACUAACACCUUCCACCCGGUCAACAACAGCCUGUGGGCCAAAUACGUCACAUUCAUAAAGGGCUCCUCUGUGGGUGAGGCGGCUCUGUCUCAGGUGCGUGCCGCCGCCGCCGCCGCCGCCGCCCAGGGGCCGGUGCUGGUGCUGCUGGAUAGCGACCACACGCAGGAGCACGUGCUGCUUGAGGCCAAGAGCUACUGCCCGCUGGUCACCCCGGGCAGCUACUGCAUCGUGGAGGACACCAAGCUCAGUCGCUUCAGUGUGGUGGACGGCCCCACACCCGCCAUCGCCCGCUUCCUGGAGGCGCACCCAGAGCUGGGAUUCCAGGUGGACCGGCUGCGUGAGCCCUUCUACUCGCAGCACGUGGGCGGAUACCUGCGCCGCAGCAACACCACCAACACCAACACCACCAACACCAACACCGCAACAACGGCAGCAGCAGCAGCAGCAGCAGCAGCAGCAGCAGGGGCAGGGGCAGGGGCGGCAGUGGGGGCGGGGUCAGCAGGGCCAGGUGCAGUGGGUGGUCGGAGGGCGCUGCAUGAGGCGACGACGGCUGCGGCGGCUGCUUCCUUGGGCGGGCUUGGCGGUGGGUCACAGGCGGCGGCGGCAGCGGCUGAGGAGGAAGGGGAGUGGGAGGGGGGAGGCGAGUGGAAGGGAGAGGAGGGAGGAGGGGAGGAGGAGUCCUACUAUUACUACGAUGAUGAUGACAGCGAAAGCGACCCAACGUAUGGGGCAGCGGCAGAUUCAGCGGCAGAUUCAGCGGCGGCGGCGGCGGUGACAGGCGCGGUGGCAAGCCGCAGCCUGCAGCAGGCCACGGGCGACGGCAGUAGCAGUGGCGGCGGCGCCGCCGGUGGCGGCAGUAGCAGUGGCGGCGGCGCCGCCGGUGGCGGCAGUAGCAGUGGCGGCAGUAGCGGCAGUAGCAGUGGCGGCAGUAGUGGCGGGCGGCGGCUGCUGCCUCAGGGCGUUGUGCCCAUCAACCUGUACGAGUUGCUGGGGCCCAGCAAGUACUCACACGGCGUGGCGUGGCAGCCGCCGACCUGCUACGCGGCGGCGGCGCAGCACCUGGGGACCGCCAGCGACGGCGAGGCGCGGCUGACCGCAUUGGAGGCGUCACUGGAGAAGGACCUGUUGGCGGCCCUGAGUGAGGCCACUGGCGUGCCCGUGUCGUCGCUGGACGGCGGCUCCAGCUUCCCGCUGGCCUCGGGACUGGUGCCGUCACUCAACCAGGCGCUCAUUGAGAGCAGCUGGGACACCGCCUACUCGCGGGCGGCGCUGCGGCGUGUGAGUGCCGACCCGCGCUACUGGCGCUGGCAGCGGCUGGCCUCGGCGGCGGUGGGCCGGCACCUGGUGCUGGGAGCCAACCCCGGCAGCGGCGCGCUGAGGGUGGCGGCGGCGUGCAUGAGCGAGCAGGUCAAAGCCCUGCUGGGUGCCAAUCUAGAGGACGCUUUCGGCCCCGGCCUGGACUGCAGCCCCGACGCCCUCGUCAGCAGCAGCGGCAGUAGCAGCAGCGGCAGUAGCAGCAACGCCGGUGCCGUCGGCGGCGGCGGCAACAGCAACAGCAGUAGCAGUAGCACGCUGCUGGGCGCGGUGGGGUUGUUUCCCUACGCGCAGGCCAGUGUGCGGGCCAGUGUGCGACGUGUGGUUCGCGACCCGGGCUGGUGCCCCGCCCACCCCGCCUACAGCCCCUACGGCCUGUGGCUCAAGAAGGCCCGCAUUGUGGCCCCGCCCCAGAGCCCCGACGACGUGCGUUUCAACGUGCCCGAUGCACACCAGGACCGGCUGCUGUUCCUGUUCGACCUGCUGUACGAGGCCGAGGCCGCCUUCAAGCGCCAGUACUGGCUGGGCGCGGUGGCGCAGCAGAACCCGUUCGACAUGUACGCCCUCACCGACAUCAUCCACCACGUCCAGCCCGACCUCAUCAUUGAGACAGGCACGGCCAACGGCGGCAGCGCCCUCAUCUGGGCCAGCGUGCUUGAGCUGAUGAAGUACAGCCACCGGGAAGGCAGUAGCAACAGCAGCAGUAGCAGUAGCAACAGCAACAGCGGCAGUAGCAGCGGCAGUAGCAGUAGCGGCAGUAGCGGCCGUCAGGCACGUGUGUUGAGUGUGGACCUGGUACACCCCACCAAGGCGCACUGGGCGGGGGAGGGACAGCCCACAGCCGACCCCACGCAACAUCCGCUGUGGCGAAAGUACGUCACCUUCAUCCAGGGCUCCUCCACCAGUGCCCCUGUGCUGCAGCAGCUGCGGCAGGCGGCGGCGGCGGCGGCCCGUGUGGUGGUGUUCCUGGACAGCGGCCACGAGGCGCAGCACGUGCGGGCUGAGAUGGACGCGCUGUGUGGCCUGGUGACCAACGGCAGCUAUUGCGUGGUGCAGGACACCAAGAUCAGCCGCUUCAGUGCCUUUGGCGGCCCCCGAGCAGCCGUGUCCGCAUUCCUCAAACACCACGGCGCCGCCGGGGCUGGCACCGCAGACACUUCUGCCGGCACCGGGACCUCCGCCUCCGGCACCUCCGGCACCCCUGCCACUGGCCGCUGGCGGCUGGACCGGGACCGCGAGCCCUUCUACACGCACCACCCCGGGGGCUACCUGCAGAGGGUGGUGCCCUAGGUGGGGGCGGUGUGUGUGUGUGUGUGUGUGUGUGUGUGUGUGUGUGUGUGUGUGUGUGUGUGUGUGUGUGUGUGUGUGUGUGUGUUGGGGGAGUUUGUGCAGGGGGGGACGUGUGGACGUGUGUGGGCGGUGUGUGUGGUGUGUGUGGGGGGGGGGCAGGGCCAGGGCCGCAGGAUGGCGGCAGGGACUGUGGGAGCAGCAGGUGUGAUGGUGGUGGUGGCGCGGCGGGCUGCAGCGGGGUCCGGGCCCAGGCGCUCAGGAACGGACAUGGGUGCGCGAGGCAUCGGCCUGGUGGUGGUGCACCUGCAGGUGGGUGGUGGGUGUGAUGUAUGAGAGGCGUGGGCGGAGGAUGGGGCCCGGGGGCCGGGGCACCGCACAGGGACAUCUUUCGCGGCUAGAGGAUGCGCGCGUUUCUUGUGUUCUGACAAUGACGCGGACGGCUGUAAACGCGCGCGCUGAAGUACUGUACGUAGUGGCACUGUUCGUUAAAGUGAUGGGAUUGUGUGUUUGUGUGUGAUCUGACUGGUCGUGAUCGGCGGGCGGCGAAACCGCAAUGCAACCGCAACCGCGUGCGAGUACUGAUGGACAAUGCUGGUGCGCACAGCAAGACAGGACAAACUAGUACUGGUGCGCAAAGCAAGACAGCUGGAAUGAAUGGAAGUAUGCGUUGAUGUGCUACGGUAUAAGCCUGUUAGUAUUUCAUGCUGUCGUCCGCCGCGGUCCCCGAUUCCCGGUUAGUUCCGCGGUGUGCGAGCUAGCGAGCGAGGGCGGGUGGCCCGUCCAAGUAAGGUAGGGCCGCCGUCAGGCCUUCU